AAUUCUGGAAGUGGUUCUGAUUUACUAUCGCUGUUCUCUAGCUGGUCUAAAACCGCUUUUGACCUAAAGGGACACUUUUUGGACGCCAUGGACAUUUCUCAGUUUCCAAGCAGAAAGAACAGUAAAAAUGCAGGCAGGGCACAGGACAAAGCACUAGGGACAAAAUGUAUGUGAAAUGGUUUGAUACAUGAAUGUCACUUUUUGUCAUUUUCAAAUUUCUCGCCAUUCCGUCCCCCAUACAUCCCGAUGCUCACAGGGGACAGAACCCAGAUGCCAGCAUCGCCGGAUUACAUCGCCAGGAACACGGCAGGAGGGACAU